GGUGGAGUAUAUAAGUGGUCCAACACUCGUCACCUGCAUCAUUUUCCUGGCAUUCUUUGGCUGACCAAGAUCUUCUCCUCUCUCUCCUUUCUCUUAUUCACUCCACAGAUCGCUACCAUGAAGGUUCUCUUGCUCAGUGCACUCUUGGCCAUUGCCAUCGCCGACAAGUUACCGCCAAGCACCUACGGUGCCCCUAACGGCGGAUUUACCAAUGGAUUUGGAGGUUCCAAUGGGGCCCCUAAUGGCAAUGGUUUUGGAGGCAACGGGAACGGCUUUGGAAGCAAUGGAAACGGUUUCGGAAACGGGGCUCCCUCAAAUGGCUAUGCUCCUCCAAGCAAUUCCUACGGACCACCCAGGAACGGAUAUGGAGUAGACCCUGCUAUUGCUGCUUUGGCUGAGAACAUCCCAGGAGGUGGUGUCCCUGGAGAGGACUACCCAAUCUUGGCCUCUGUCCCUGAUACCGGAUUCGACUGCAACGCCCAGAAUGUUCCUGGAUAUUACGCCGACACUGAUGCUGAAGCUGGCUGCCAAGUCUUCCACAUCUGCCAGGACAGGCCCAAUGGCCGCCGUCAGCAGGACUCCUUCCUCUGCCCCAACGGCACCAUCUUCAACCAACAGUACCUCGUCUGUGACUGGUGGUUCAACUUCGACUGCGCUGACGCCGAAUCCUUCUACUCAGUCAACGAACUCAUUGGAGUUGUCCCUAAUGCCGGAUACGGUUAUGGACCUAAUGGCAACGGAAACGGCAAUGGCAGAAAUGGAAACGGUGCCGGGAUCAGCAAUGGCUACGGAGCACCAUCAGCCCCAUCUGAUUCUUAUGGCGCUCCUUUCUAAACUCGAUCUUGUCUAAACGACUUCUGACCGAACUAAUGAUUUCAAUUCUUCAUUUUAACUAUUCUAUUUUCUAUGACUGCACGGGACAAAAUACUCUGUGUAUUUUCGAUUUGUAAAUAGUCAAAUUUAUUUCCAUUUGGAGUCUAGGCUAACUGUCCGCUUGCUAUUUCAGCUAUGCCGUCUAUACCCACACUGCUAUUGACUCUCUUCCUCUAGACCAAUGCCCGUAGAUGGAACUUCCUACAAAACGUUAAUACUGAUGGAGCUUCCUUCAAAACGUUAAUAUUAAUUUAACUUUCUCCUUCUCGACCACGCAUUCCAUUCUCCAGGCAUCGUACUUCCAAACGUUUUUCAUUUUGGUUUUCUUCUCCAGUUAUGCAGACGCCAUUCAAUGUUUUACUCAAGAAGAGACGCCAUUCAAUAUUUCACUCAAGGAGAGAACCUAUCCAACUUGUGACUUUCAUCUCACCUCGAUUUUUCACAACUUCACUUCUGUUACCAUCCUUAUUCCUAUGACUUUAUUAGCUCUUCCCUGAAGGCUUGGUUUGGCCAUACAAAAUCAAUUUGCAAUGCUCUACUUCACUCUCUUUGCCUUAUGUGAAAACGAAACGAACGAACGAACGAAGAGUAUUCUUGCAAUAGAUGUAGAGACGAUAUAUUUUUAUAAUAAACAGAUGCAUGUA